AUGGAUUACUCCUCCUCCUCCUCCUCCUAUACACAAACCCCUCAACCUGACCCUAACCAAUACCCCCACCCUUACCAAGCUCAACCUCCACCACCCUAUUCAGACCCUUCAUCAAUUCAACCCUAUGAUCCUCACUCUUACUAUUACCCCUCCUCCUAUGACCCAAACCACUCCUACCAAUAUUACCAAGAUUACCCCCACUUCUAUCAAGAACCCACUUCCAUUCACCCUCCCGGCGUCCCAAUUCCGGCGCCGGAUUCCGAGACGACCCAUUUGCAGAAUGCCUAUUAUGGACAUGGGGUUGUGGAGAAUCAGCAUCAGCCUAUUGAUUCGGGUUCUGGGUCGGUUCAGGCACCGGCGAAUGUGGCGGUGGCGCAGGUGGCAUCGCAACCGCAGAUUGGGCAAACUCCAUAUAGAGGUGGAGGAAGGAAGGGCAAUAGGCCCUUCCGAGGGGGUGGUCGGGGCCAUUUGGGUUACCAUGGUCAUGGACCAGAUGGCUCGGCACCACCCAUCCAUGGUAGGGGACGUGGCCAGGGUUGUGGUAGGCACUUUCAACUGUAUGGUGCUGCAUCGAGUAAUCCAAAUCCAGCAUCUGUACCAGCUGAAGGCGUAGCUGCUUUAAAGCAGCCGCCUUCAGCAUUGGUCCCUUUGCACGCACCAUUACCUGUAACAGCACAAGUGUCUUCUGCUUCAUCCUGGCGACUUCCUCGUAUGGCUUGGUGUGAACUUUGUAGGGUUGACUGCAACACUCUUGAAACCCUUGAGCAGCAUAAAAAUGGAAAGCGGCAUAAAAAAAUUCUGCAGGUUCAUGAGGAGUUGCAGAAACGCAACAAAGUCAACACUGAACAGAAGAAUGCACAAAUGCCCAACAUUGAUUUAAAACCAGAAGUUGGUCAGACUGAGAAAGUUGAGGGAUCUGAGGAAAAGCGGCCCUCAGAAGGAACAUUAACCUCUGAAGUAAUUACUGAUGAUAAUAGAAAUGAAACAGAUCGGCGAGGUAUGGUGGGAAACUCUGAAGCUUCUGAAGAACCUGAGAACAAGUCAAGGGAUCACUUUGCAGCUCGGGGCCGUGGAUUCAAACGUAGGAUGCGAGGGGGUCGAGGGGGUAAGUAUAUGAGGACAUAUGAAGGAUCAAGAAGACUAGUUGAGCCUCCUAAACCCAAAGUGAAUCCUCUCAUAUGUGAAUUGUGCAAUGUGAAGUGCGAGUCACAGGUGGUUUUUGAUAGUCAUUUGAGUGGUAAAAAGCACCUAGCAACCCUCAAGAGGUUUCAAGGCCACCGUGCUUUGUACGGAGAACAGGGACUUCAAGCCCUUUACCCACCUAACUUAACUGCUGCAUCAACUUCAGUCACCCCUCCUGUAGAUCAAGUCCUGCCUCCUGUAGAACAAGUCCCCCCUCCUCAUGUACAGCAAGUCACGCCUCUUCAUGUACAACAAGGUCCCCCUCAUGCACAGCAAGUCCCCCCUCCUCAUGUACAGCAAGUCGCGCCUCCUCAUGUACAACAAGGUCCCCCUCAUGUACAGCAAGUCCCCCCUCAGCAAGGUGUCAUUGAUCCUCAGGUCUUCUUGGCCCAAGUCCAGCAAGGUGGCAAUGAUCCUGAGGUCCUGUUGGGCAAACUUUUGAUGUCUUAUAUGCUCUCUAAAACCCAAGCACAAGGAGGGCCUACAUCUCCCGUGGCAACAGCUUCAGGAACAAACGUUGAAACUCAGAAUCAACUGCAAUCACAUAUCCAAGGAAUACUAGCGAUAUGUCAAAAUGGGAUCCAAACUGCAGUUACUCUAGGUGCCAAAAGUCGGCCACAAUCUGUCACCGGGAAUUCUGAAGCCCCAGCAGCCGGAAACACAGACACAAACACUGAGAAUCAAACGUUGCAGAUUCAUGCAAAGGAGGCAAGUGUUCCUAUAAAUGAUUCAGUUGUGGUGCCAGCAGAGAGCGCAGUCCCAAGCAAGCAAGUUUCUGAAGCAUCAGAUAAAGAAUGUGUAGUUGUUGCUUCCGCUCCAGUUUACCACGAACCUGAGAACCAAAUGCAAGAGCCUGAGUCCAAGAAGUAGCCAACUUAAUAGAUCCAGUGUUUCUUGGAGAAACCACUGAACUAGGGAGGUUCUAACCAAGGCCUUUCAGUGACCUGAGAUCCAAUUCUUUAGCCAUUGUACAGUUUAUAUUGGCCACUGAACUAAAUAAUUAGUUUUUUCUGUGAACUCGAAACAUUCUGCAUCUCUGUCUCCAAAUCAAAGAAAAGGCAUAUCCUGUCGAUCCAGAUACAUAUGUCAUGGUUUUUGAUGU